CUGCAAGUUUGCAACGGAGUGUUGAACGUUCGGUGGCGCCCUGAAUCCAGCGGAUAUCUCCGUAAUCUAUUACUAAAACUGCGAUCCCGGACGGGGUGGGGCUCGGCGGCGAAGAAGGAAAAUGGCGACGCAGGCGAAGGAGGUGUUUCUGAGCUACGGAAGAGAGCCUGAAGUGUCUGUCUUCGUGAAGCGACUCCAAGACGACCUGGAGACGCGCGGCAUCAGCGUCUGGCUGGACAUAGACGACAUUCCAGCUGGCUCUGAUUGGCACGGAGCCAUCGGCUGCUUGUUUGUCUGUAGGUUGGCGGAAAAUUCCGUAGCUGUAGUAGUGCGUUUGAAUGCUGCAGGAACUGGUCUGCAGCAGAGCAAGGCACUUAUCGCAGUCAUAACAACCAAAUACCUCAACUCCAAGUUCUGCACCAACGAACUGUAUGCAGCAAGCAGCGACCAGAAGGACCUGUUCCCUGUCAUUAUGGAGAAUAUUGACUUCAAUGCCAGUGACAGGGCCCGGGGAGUCAAGUAUGCCAUUGGAAGCAUCAACUGGACCUACUUUGGGAGUGGCUACGAUUACGGGACGGCACUUGAGCGUCUUGUGCAGGGAAUGAAAAGAAGUGGCUUAGGCGGUGGUGCUACUGAUGUAGAAGAUUCUCCUGUCACCAAUCUAAUGGGUGACCUGCAUAUCUCCCCACAUAUCACUGGAGCCUAUCCUACCCCGAGUGCCCCUCCCCCUCCUCUCCAGGCCGGUUUCUCUGCCAUGUCGUCCCCCUCGUCCUAUCCCACUCCUCCCCCGGCGUACUUCACCACCCCUGCCCCUCAUACCUACUACCAUUACUCUUCCCCACAGGGUCUGUUGCCAGGUUACGGGCCAUCUCCGCCCACUGCUGCCCCCUACCCCUACUCGCCCCAUACUCCACCCCACCCCACCGCUGCCUACUACCAAUCUCCAUACCCCAAUUCUACCCCACCGCCUCCUCCUCCGUAUACUCCGGAGUCGACUGACGGCACUGGAGUAGACCCAACUCUUGCCAAAACACCACUCUCUGCAAGUCGCGAAUAUCCGUCCCCCCAUCUCACUCCUUCCCCACAUGUGCCACGCCCACCUUCAGCUCAUCAGCAGGUGACACUAUUUGCCAGUCCGUCAUCGACAUUGGCAGGCACUUUGUCCACAACUGGUCCGUUGUUCCAAGUUGGGAUGAAACUCGAGGCCACCGACCGAAGGUUCCCUUACUUUGUGUGCGUGGCAACCAUCAUGGACAGGAGAGAAUCGGAGGUUCUAAUCCACUUUGACGGCUGGGGUCCGGAGUAUGACUACUGGUGUAGUGCCUGGUCACUGGAACUCCACCCACCUGGAUGGUGCCGCACCCACAACUGGGAGCUUCAGACACCUCUCCACCAACCGUGGACUUCAUGGGAGGACUAUCUCAUGAGACUGACUCCCCAGCCACUCCCGACUCUCUUUUCAACCAGGACCAGCUGGCAGGGCCGGGGAGUCGUCUGUUCAGACCGGGCAUGAAGCUGGAGGCCAAAGACAGACAGCACCCGGGCACAGUCUGCGUGGCCACCAUCGCCAACGUGAAGGACGGGAAACUGUUGAUUCGGUUUGACGGCUGGAGCAGCAGGUAUGACUACUGGUGUCGUCCAGAGUCGACUGAUAUCCACCCUCCUCACUGGUGCAGCAAGAACCAUAGAGAACUCCACCCACCAAAAGGUUACAGUGGAGCAUUCAAAUGGAGUGAGUACCUCCGUCAGCCUGGCCCCGUCCCUGCUCCAGCCUUCAUCUUCACUGAGGAGCAGAGAGCAGUGCCGUCAGAAUCAGCGACCUCCUCCUCCUCCUCCUCCUCCCCCAAGGGGUUCAAUGUGGGGAUGAGAUUGGAGGCAAAGGAUCGCCAGUACCCGACGUUGGUGUGCGUGGCAACCGUCGCGGCCGUGAGGGGCAGCAAACUACUCAUCCACUUCGACAGGUGGCAGGCCAACUACGACUAUCUCUGUGAGUCGGACUCGACCGACGUACACCCGGUCGGCUGGUGCAAGAAGAAAGGCCGGGACUUACAGAAACCAAACGCAUGCAUGUUCUGUAUACAUGCAGGCUAUGGUGGAAACUUCAAGUGGGAUAAGUACCUGUCAGAAAACGGCUAUGAGGCUGCCCCAGAAAAUCUCUUCACAGAAGCACAGAGGAAAUAAGUUAUUCAGACAGAGCAUUUGUUGUUGACAGACACAAAUUAGCAUUUUAACUCUUUAUCCCAUGGUGACAGUGUUUGUUGGUGAGUGUAUGUAUGUAUGUAUGAUGAAAGUAAUUCUGUUGAGU